AUGGGUGCCCUGUCACUUUCUCCCGGUGUGGUGGAUGGUCUUUUGAGCUGGGCGGCGUGGCCAUGGGGUGGUUUAGAUAUCAACACUUAUGUUGAUGCGUCUUAUCUUGAAUACCUUAAAAUCUUUUCUUCCUCCAACCCUUUACACGAUUUGUGGUACGACCGGUGGCAGGAAGUUUGGGUUGUACAGCCGGAAUUUGUUGAGAUUCUCACGUGGAAUGACUAUGGAGAGUCUCACUAUAUUGGUCCACUACACGACGAAGCACUAGAGGCAUUUGAUAUUGGCGAAGCACCAUUCAAUUAUGUCACCAAAAUGCCCCACGAUGGCUGGCGAAUGUUCCUUCCAUACUUCAUCGACACUUAUAAGAAUGGCAUUGCCACCAUUGAACAGGAAGGUCUAGCUGCGUGGUAUCGUCUCACGCCCAAAGCCGCAUGUGCCGAUGGCGGUACAACCGAAAAUACGGCCAGCCAACUCCAAGUUGAGUUUUACCCCAUUGACAUCGUCCAAGAUAAAAUAUUUUACUCUGCGCUCUUGGGGUCGAGCCAGUCGGUUAGAGUUACAGUUGGUGGUGUAGAUCUAGAUGCAACAUGGACUAGCAAGCCUGAUGGCGAUGUUGGUAUAUACCACGGCAGUGUAGCUUAUGGGGGAGCGUUGGGCGAAAUCGUGGUGACAGUGGGGUCUAUGGUGAUGAGUGGAGAGGCUAUUACCACGAGUUGCGAUCGCGUCAAUGGCCAAGACGGCCUUACCAACUGGAACGCUUGGGUAGGUAGUGCUUCUGGGUCAACUGUCAGCGCUACCCCUGCGCUCAAUCUAACGGAACAAGUAUGCAUACUGGGCACCGGAGUCGCUGCCUACAAAGACCUCUGCUCUUACUCAUGUCAUUUGGGAUACUGUCUUAUUGGAGCUUGCACAUGUCUAGCUAUGGGAAAACAGUUGGAUCAGCCUGACGCCACAGGAAUUAAAGGGUAUCCAGCUGCUGGUUUGGAUGCGACUUACAGUGGGCUUUGUGACUUUGCUUGCAAUCUGGAUUUCUGCCCCUCGGAAUCGUGUGACACUGUUAAGCAUGAACUUGUUAUACAAACAGUGUCGCCUUUCUUGCCAUCUGCUUGUACUAAUGGGACUGGGGUCAAUGACCUUCAAGGUCUCUGCGAAUAUUCUUGUGUUUAUGGAUUCUGUCCUAUUCACUCGUGUACAUGUACUGAAAAGGGUGCUUUGAAUGUACCUCCACCGACCACGGGUGCAAGUGGGAAGGGGACACCAGGACUAGAUCCUCUUAUCUAUGACGCCAUUUGCGAGUUUACCUGUAGCCGAGGCUAUUGUCCAGAGGGGCCUUGCUCCCCUGCAGGCACCAACAGCGGCACAGGGGAUUUUCUUGUUUACGUUUCACCUAGUAUCUGGAUCAAUCCCGAGCCCAUCGUACAACUGGGAUGUUAUCCCCCUUGCACUCUGAUUCUUCCUCCCUUUACUCUUCCAGCCCCGACAGUCAUCAACUUCGACCCGUACGUUACUACUCUGGAAGUCUUCAGUAUCACUGGCACCACCACCAUCACGUACACAAAUACCGCAGCUGGAACCAUUUUUGUGUCAGAAAUAAUCAAAGGCACAUCAUCCAUGACAACCACGACUAUCCUCGUACCCCCGUUGACUACUGACGUUAUCGACUUCUGGAAUAUUCCCAUCGAUGAUGCGGACGACAAAGCAUCUUUGAUCUUAAUUUCGACCAGCAUUCUACCACCUAUCGUCACAAUUACCGAGACCAGCGCCGGGACAGCAUAUGAUCGUACAAUUCACCCACCACCAUGGCCAUAUACCCAAUCAACACCGACAAAAAAAAGUUCAAGCAGUAGCCCACCACCUUACGUCUCGUAUACUUCAUCUGCAGCAAAGUCACGUUGUACGAGCGACUGUGGCACUCGCUGCAUAGGAUUAUUUUGCAAUCUUCCCUGUCUCUUUGACUGCGUGAAGAUUCCGGACCCAGACUUGUGGGACCCGAAAGAUCCAGAUAGUCCCUACUCGCCCUCGAAGACACCAUACAAGCCUGAAGACAGCAAAUGCACUACAACUAGCGCAAGCAGCUGUAGGACAGAGUGUCUUGCCGCCAGCCCAACAAGUACCUGUUCAUCAUCCUGCUCUAUAAGCUACGGCUGCUCGGUGACUUCAACCUCAACGCUGGGAACUUACACGCUUGCCCCAUUCGGCUACUGGACCGCCGAUUCCUUUGACAGGGCUUCAGACUCGGAUGCUGCAUAUGUCAGUUCCGUGGAUGCGGCGAUAACAGCUCAGCUAGAAGAGUGGUUUCCUAUUACCGGAAUCACAGCAACAGCAACCGUUACGCCUGUCUCAACGAUCACGGGGCCAAAUGUCACGAUCACAGUGACUCCAACGCCCACCGCGGAUUGUUCUUUCUGGGACGAGGACAGUCUUUACUUUGCCUUCGAUAUAUACAAUAUCAAAGACUGGGCAGUGGAUGACAGUGGCGCAAGCCUCAAGAAACAAGAGACCGGAUGCGGAGCGCUACAGGCGUACGCGCGUUUCAAUUUGCCUACAGUCUUGAAGGCGGGGUGUGUAGAGAGGGCGAUCGCAUCGGCUGGUGGACCCAAGAUUUCUUGUCAUGGUGGAGGGAUUGCGGGACUCAAGAAAAGAAGUGUUAGAAGGAGCGAGAGAACCUUUCGGAAGGCUAGUUACAAAGCGCCGAGUGUUACGCCUACGUAUACCAGUCAGGUGGAUGCGGCAGAUGCGAGACCUACGUACAUUCCUGAGUAUUGGAACGCAACUCUUCCGACGGCGUCGGUUAAUGCACCCGAGGGUCAUGGAGUAGUGAAGAAUUGGAUGAUGCCCACGCCGGAUAACCAUACCUCGGCUUAUACAAUGUAUACAGUGGCUAUGCACUGGGUACCCAUUGGUAGCCACCUACGGAAACCUCACCCAAACACAAUAUUCCGAAGAAAAAUUUCUGGUCGCCAGGAAUUGAAUUUCGGUCUGAAAUUCACUCUACAGAGUUAUAACACUAUCUACAAUACAUACUACUCACUACAAGCCAACAUAGCGCCCCCUAUAGCACCGCCAGAGGUUAUCGACCUGGUAAACGCGGAUUACACCAAUCCACAGGACCCAGAAACACCCUCCAACUUUAAAAACCGCUCCAAAAGAAGACAGUGUGUUUUCACCAACAAAGCGCUACCAGUCUUUAAACUGGGAAAUAGAGCAGGCACCAACGCAAUCAACACAACGACGGAGGCAUUCAAAGCCAAACUCGCGGUAUACGAACACGUAGAGAGGAUUCAACAAAAAGUCAUAAUUAGCUUGGUGAAUGCAAUCGAUAAAUACAUUAACCUUUUUGCAACAGAAAAUAAACGAACAGCAGUUAGGAAACUGAGCAGCAGAGUCAUAAAAAUUCUUAUGCUCACCAUCGAUGACGGACUUAACCCAUCAUCAAGCCCAAUAUUCACACCACCAGCAACAAAAAGUGCAAUCUCCACGAAAACACAAACUACCAAAACCUAUACAGGGAUCCUCAAAACCUCUAAAACAAGUCAAAACGGGGCGGGCCGAGCAAAUCUAUCUAUAUUUCAAAAAGCUUUAUCAAAGGCUCCACCUACCAAUGCACGAUCCAAACAUUGA